GCUCAAAAGGUGUAGAAUACCCCAGCCGCUUUUUCGCAAGAGAUUAUGCUGGAAACCGUCUCGAAUUCAGCUUGUAAGAUCUGAAGGCCAAAAACCAAUCUACACGUCCAUAUUUAUAGCGACAAGGCAUUCAUUUACAUUCACUGCCACACCAUUGCAUUUUUGUCUCAUACCAGGCUGAGGAGCUGCUCAACCAUUUUUCGUGACAGCUGUGGGGUGCAGCAGCAAGAAAAUGAAGUCUCGAUUCCCCAGGUGGGGUUAAUUCAAAUGCCCUGCAUACAUGCGACACUGUCACUCUCCCAUUAUGAAUCACGGCUCACACUUUAGCCGCCAAAAUGGUGACUACGAUCAAAAAUUGGAGAAUGCAACUAUGCCGGGUACCCGGUAUAUCGCCAUUGAGAUGAGCGCCAUUAUAAAGAAGGUCUUCAAAGGCAAGAACACAUCAUAUAUAUGGUGUCUGACGCCCGUCCAGCUUGCUCAAAUCCAUAUCCUGGUCUCCAACAUUGAGCUUCGACGAAUGAGCAUACUUGAC